AUGAGGGCCAACAUUCCCGAGAUGUCAAUGAACAUUCUGCGCGCGGAUCGGCCUCGCCGGACAUCACCGGAUUCAACGCGGCACCUGCCCGACAAGCCCAAUUGCUGCUUCUCCGAUCGCUCCUUGGCGUCCACUACGACGACCGUCCUCUCCACCAAUGCUGAGCAUCGUCGUGCUCAACCAUCGCCAAUCACCGCCAUCUUCCUCAUCCCUGCCACAACCUUCGCCGCCACGACGGCUACCACAGCUCCCACUCCCACCACCGACCAAAACUCUCCCGAUGAUCAGCCAACCACCACCCUCGACCUUACCAUCCCCAUCUCCAUCGAUGCAGAUUCGGUCCUAACCUGUCUUCAAUGCGACCGCGCAUUUACUUUACGCAUCGGCCUGGUCGGUCACAUGCGACUCCAUCGCACCGCGACCGGCGCACCAGUGUCAGGCGCUCCCACGUGCACUCAUCGCAUCCACCUUUACCGUCCACACACACACACAUCGCAUGGGCCUAUCUGGUCACAUGAGCAUUCACGAAAAGCUGCGGAAAAUCAUCGCAGACAUGACCACAUGACCACACAUUCCCCCAUGAAUACAGGCACCACACAUACACACAUCCAACAUCCCACAUCAUCUCAACCUCUCAUGUAA